AAGUACAAUAAUUUAUAUUUAAAACCAAAAUAUAAACAAAUACUUUAUGAUCAAUCCCUGUAGAUUACAAAACUAAACCACACCUUUACCCACUUUCCUUUAUCAUACGAUAAGAUAACAAACACUGUAUUAAAUAGAAUUAUUUUGUGAAUCAUUUCUAAUACUAUCCUUACACUUGUUUUUUUGAGUAAAUAACAAAUAAUUUUAACGAUGUUAACUAAAAACAUGUUUAGUACAAUAAUUUUAUGCGUUUUCUUUUGUGUAUUUACCAAAAUUUGUUUAGGUAACGAAGAAUUACCACGAUCCGGAGGCAUAUCAAACACCCCGUGCUCAUUAGAUAGAGAUUGCAACGAAAAUAGUUUUUGCUUUGGAAACGAUCAAGUUAAUCGAGGUUUUUGUCGAUGCAAAGAUGGAUUUAUUAUUUUCAGAAAUAGAACUUUUUAUGAAUGUUUACCACCCGCCGAAAGCGUUGGAUCAUCUUGUAUAAGAAACAAUCAAUGCACUUUAGUUUUAGGAAAUCCUUCACUAUGUCUCAACAAUACUUGCCAAUGCUUGGAAAAUUCGCAUUUUGUUGAACCUCAAAAUCAGUGUUAUUUAACAUCAAGACCUGGUGAAUUAUGUCAGUCGGAUUUUAAUUGUUUAUUAUCCGAUAAUAGCAUUGGAAAUUGCUUUAUGGGAAGAUGUAAAUGUCCAAUUCUUCAUCAUCACACAGAUGAUGGUAGAUGCGUUCCAUCUGCGUAUUUAGGUGAUGUUUGUACGGAAGACGAUGCUUGUAGACACACCUUUGCUGCGUGUUACGACGUUUGUAGAUGUAUUGGAGGUUAUGCACCUUCAUCUGAUGGAAGAACUUGUUUAUUGGCUGCAAAUAGUUUCGGAGAUAACUGCACUGAAGUAUCUCAGUGUACAGAAUAUUUAAGUAGUUCCAUCUGUCAAGAUGGAACUUGCCAAUGUCGCACGGGUUUUCACGGAAUUGGACCUCAUUGUUGGAGAGAUGUAACGGCAGGGGGGAUGUGCGAGGAUAGACGAGAAUGUUUUAUAAGAAAUAAUACAAUGGAAAACGUUGGUUGUUUGGAUGGGGUUUGUACAUGUUUGGAAAAGUUUGAAAAUAUAAGGGGGCAUUGUAUACCAUCGAAAGGAACAAUUUUAACAUCAUUUAGGUUAAUAAUUGCAUUUACGUUUAGUUUUCUUAUAAUAAAGUUAUCUUAAGAAUCAUUAUUUAAAAUUAUAAAAUUCUUUAACGUUUUAUUCCCCAAACAAAUCGAUAAUUGGUAAUUUGAAGAUGCUCUUUCUUUUCCAAGGCUUCACUCCUUUUGUGAACCUUUCACCACCUUAUUCCUGGUAGAAAUAAAUAAUCGAUCUAACAAAACCCGUACAAACGGGGUUCAUUACGCGAUGGAUUGCGUGAUUGUAAUGUUCUUUGCGUGUUUUAACUUUUUACCCAUCAUUAAAAGCCAAGACGAUUAUUAUUCGAGACCGUUACAAGCAUACUCUUCAUACAAUGAGCAUUGUAUCUCUAAUAAAGAUUGUCGACCGUUCGGAUAUAUUUGUAAAAACAAUAAAACUUGCGAUUGCGAUCGAAUGUAUUCUUUGGAUGUUUAUAAAACUCAAUGCGUUGGAGGUGUUGAUCAAAAAUGUAUUUACGAUGAACAUUGUAUAAUCGGGGCGUUUUGUAUGAACCAGGCUAUUUGUAAAUGCAAAGAAACGACUCCGGUUAUUCUUGAAAAUGGAAUGGUUUGUGCAAAAAGCAACAAAAUGAAGAAUUGUGAAAAGUCCUGGGUUUUAUUACCCUUUAUAAUCGCAUUCUUAAAAUAAAUCUGUUUUAAUAAAGUGCACCAUUAGAAGAUAAAAAUAAAGUAGAUAACAAACGA